AUGGCUUCGAGGAGAUCAACCCGCGCGUUCCUUCUCCCAUUCACAAUUUUCAUGGUUGUUCUCGGCCUCGUCUUUUUCGCAUCAUCAGCCUCCGCCUCAUCACCAUCAGCGCCCUCACCUUCAGCCGAAGUAGAGCUCAUCUGCCACACCGACAACCCAUCAGAAUGUUACCCCAAAAUUUUCCAACCCACGGAAGAGUUUCAGCUAGUUCACGAUGAUCAAGAAUUACCACAUGGACUCCACGUACGCCUAAACAUCAACACGGGCAAAAAGGAGGCCAAGAUCAACGACCCAACCGAGAAGAACCCGGAACUCGAGGGCCUACCCGUUGACCGCUCAAUCGUGGUGGUAGACUCGGAAGCUCCUGAGGAGGCGCAGAUCCCCAAGGACGCGCCAAAGUACGAACCAGUCGGCGCAGUGAAGCAGCCCAAGGAGGAGUCGGGCGAAUUCUACACGAGCCUCGAGUACGUCAAAAAGGGACCCCACGGAAGCGACCUCCCGAUGGACGAGGCCCUCGAGUUCCUCGGAGACAUUUCACACGAUAUCUACUACGGCCUCAAGAUCACAGAGACCUUUGACACCGUCAAAUCCCUCUUCUGCCUCAUGAUCGACCCCAAGACGCCCGCGCCGUCCGAGGGCACGGUGCCCCGCGACCAGCAAGCGGCCGCCAUUAUCUCCGGCGCUCUUCAGAACAACCCCACCGCCCUCGAGGAGGUGACCAAAGUCUGGCCCCAGCUGAUGGACUCAUCAUGCCGCUCCCUCCACAAGGCGCCGCAACUCAAGGUCCGCGACGGCUUCUACGCCUCGUUUGUGCGCUCACCCGAGAGCAGCGGUGCCGCCGACCACGACGUUCUCCGCGCCGCGAACAAGGCCAAGGCGCAAGUCGCCGCCAUCAAGGGCCUCAUCAAGAGCCCGACCAUCCGGGACGACUUCAUCGCCAACAAGGGCAUGGACCGCCUCCUCGAGGUCCUGGCACUGGAGGACGCGCAAUGGGAGACUGCGCAGCGUAAAGCCGGCCAACUCGUGUUGGACAGCUUCCUCGACGAGGAAAUGGGCGCCGAUGUGGGCGUCUGGCCCCUGUUCAAGGCGUCUGAGGCGGAUAGGUCCAAGAGGAUUGCCGACCGCGUGAGCGACGAGAACUGGAAGGUUGCGGUCAAGUCGAUUAUGGAGAAGAACAAGGGGGAUACGAGCCACUGGAGCAAGGAUCUGUAUGAGAGACUGGAUGCGCAUGAGAAGGCGCAGCUCAAGUUGGUUGGAAAGGAUGAGCUGUGA